GAGCACGCGGCCACCGUGGCGGGCGGGCGCGCGGUCGGAGGGCGGCGGACGAGCGGACGGGCGGAGGGUGCUCGGCCGGGGCGCUGCGGGCAUGGCGGGCGCGGGGCUGCUGGCGGCUGCUGGGCGCUGGCUGCCGCGCGGAGCCCACCGCGGGCCUCGAGCCGCCUCGUCCUCGCCCUCCUGCCCGGGCUGCGGCCCCCCGGGCCCCGGCGCCCACUGCCCGGCCGCCCCGCGCUCCGCGCCCUCCCCGGCGCCCGCCGAGCCCAGCGCGCUGCUGUGGGCGCGCUACCAGGACAUGCGGAGGCUGGUGCACGACCUCCUGCCCCCCGAGGUCUGCAGUCUCCUGAACCCGGCCGCCAUCUAUGCCAACAACGAGAUCAGCCUGCGUGACGUGGAGGUCUAUGGCUUUGACUACGACUACACGCUGGCUCAGUACUCAGAUGCCUUGCACCCCCAGAUCUUCAAUGCCGCCCGUGACAUUCUGGUUGAACACUACAAGUACCCAGAGGGGAUUCGGAGCUAUGACUACAACCCCAGCUUUGCCAUCCGAGGCCUCCACUACGACAUUCAGAAGAGCCUUCUGAUGAAGAUCGAUGCCUUUCACUACGUGCAGCUGGGAACAGCCUACAGGUCAGUGCCGACCCGGCCCUCCGCCCGCUGCUUCAGGGGCCUCCAGCCUGUGCCGGAUGAGGAGGUGAUCGACCUGUAUGGGGGCACCCAGCACAUCCCCCUGUACCAGAUGAGCGGCUUCUACGGCAAGGGCCCCUCGAUCAAACAGUUCAUGGACAUCUUCUCACUGCCGGAGAUGGCGCUGCUCUCCUGUGUGGUGGACUACUUCCUGGGUCACGGCCUGGAGUUCGACCAAGCCCACCUCUAUAAGGAUGUGACGGACGCCAUUCGAGACGUGCACGUGAAGGGCCUCAUGUACCAGUGGAUUGAGCGAGACAUGGAGAAGUACAUCCUUAGAGGGGACGAGACAUUCGCAGUCCUGAGCCGCCUGGUGGCCCACGGGAAACAGCUGUUCCUUAUCACCAACAGUCCUUUCAGCUUCGUGGACAAGGGAAUGCGGCACAUGGUGGGUCCCGACUGGCGCCACCUCUUUGACGUGGUCAUCGUCCAGGCAGAUAAGCCCAGUUUCUUCACGGACCGGCGCAAGCCUUUCCGAAAACUUGAUGAGACAGGCUCGCUGCAGUGGGACCGUAUCACAGGCCUGGAGAAGGGCAAGAUCUAUCGGCAGGGAAACCUGUUUGACUUCCUGCGCCUGACGGAGUGGCGUGGCCCCCGAGUGCUCUACUUUGGAGACCACCUCUACAGUGACCUGGCGGACCUCAUGCUUCGGCACGGCUGGCGCACGGGCGCCAUCAUCCCCGAGCUGGAGCGCGAGAUCCGCAUCAUCAACACUGAGCAGUACAUGCACUCGCUGACGUGGCAGCAGGCGCUCACGGGGCUGCUGGAGCGCAUGCAGACCUACCAGGACGCGGAGUCACUGCAGGUGCUGGCUGCCUGGAUGAAGGAGCGGCAGGAGCUGAGGUGCAUCACCAAGGCCCUGUUCAACGCUCAGUUUGGAAGCAUCUUCCGCACCUUUCACAACCCCACCUACUUCUCACGCCGCCUGGUGCGCUUCUCCGACCUCUACAUGGCCUCCCUGAGCUGCCUGCUCAAUUACCGCGUGGACUUCACCUUCUACCCGCGCCGCACACCCCUGCAGCACGAGGCCCCGCUCUGGAUGGACCAGCUGUGCACGGGCUGCAUGAAGACGCCCUUCCUCGGCGACAUGGCCCACAUCCGCUGAGGGCACCUUUAUUAUUUCCCACAGCGGGCCCCACCCCUCCUGCCCCGCCCGCUCCGGGCUUCUGUCCAGACAGGCAAUAAACAAACGUGGUCUCCCUCCUG